AAAUCCAACGCAAAAAAAUAGAAUAAAACACCAAGUUUCCUCUCAAUGUGUUUUUCUAAAGCCACUUCCAUGAUACUCGUUUUCUUGUUUAGCCUCAUCUUGUCAAGCUCCAAUGCCAUCACACAUCCAAGAACCCACUCGCAUCAUGCUAUUAAAGCCUUCCUAUCUCUCCAAAACCAAGCUCGCGCUGCAAUUCGCAUGCCACCACUCGUGUGGGACAAACGUCUAGCACGCUAUGCCAACAUCUACGCUAGGCAGAGGCGACAAGAUUGUUCGUUGAAGCAUUCCAACGGGCCCUAUGGGGAGAACAUAUUUUGGGGGAGUGGUAGCAGGUGGAGUCCUGCUCAAGCCGCCGCCACAUGGGUGUCGGAGGGGCGGUGGUACAACCACCAGUUGAAUUCAUGCAACGGGGGGAAGGAAUGUGGGCAUUACACACAAAUUGUAUGGCGAAGAAGCAGGCGUAUUGGGUGUGCUCGGGUGACUUGUUUUGGGGGUAGGGGCGUGUUCAUGAUUUGUAACUAUGAUCCUCCCGGAAAUUAUAUCGGCGAGAAGCCUUAUUGAUGGUAAAUUCGUAUUUUUUAUUUCUAAGAAUAUGUCAAUUUUGUACAAAUUAUUGUAAUAUUAUUAGCCAUUUAUGUAAAAACGGAAUUGUUGUUUUAAUAAUACUAGAAUGG